GGUUUCCUUAUCUCAAAACUAAUCUAGUUUGCCGUCUCUCUCGUCUCUUCUCUCUGUGUCGAUGAAUCUCAAAACAUGAAUCCAAAUUGAGAAACCUCUUUCGUGAAACCUCUUGAAUCUGUGGUGGGUCUCUUCGUUUUCUUCAUUAAGAGAAACCUCUUUCUCUCUUUCAGUCUCUGGCGCCUUCUCUCUCUUUCUCAGUCUCUCUCAGGCGCUCUCUCUCCGACAACCUCUCUCUCCGGCGACCUCUCUCUCUUCGGCGACCUCUCUCUCUCUCGCUCAGGAUGGAUUUGGAGAGUCUCAACACAAUUGCAAUCCUUGAUGCUCAAAGAGAGUACAUGGACAUGAAUGAAGAAGAUGCUUUGAAUGAAGAAGAUGCUUUGAAUGAGGAAAAUGAGGAAAAUGCGAUGAGAGAAGGAGAAACAGAAAUGCAAGAACCAGAACAAGGUGACACACAAGCUGCUGGAACAACUCAAGCGACACAACCACAAGGUCGACAACCACGUAAGAGACGUUUAACUUCUAAAGUCUGGGAGGAUUUUACAUCUGUUGGGGUUGAAAGUGAUGGCAAGGAAAGAGGUCAGUGUAACUAUUGUGGUAAAAAGCUAGUGAUCAAUACUAGAACACAUGGUACACAUCACUUGAGUCGCCAUUUAGACACUUGUCCAGAAAAGCCUAAAGCGGUAGAUAGGCCUGCAUAUGAUCAUCAGAUUGAUAGAGAGAUGACUAGCGAGAUCAUUAUCUAUCAUGAUUUGCCAUUUAGAUAUGAUGAGUAUGAGAAGGUUAGAGCUAGGAAUUUGUAUCUCAAUCCGGAUUGUAAACCAAUAUGUAGACAAACUGCUGUCGCUGAUGUCUUUAGAAGGUAUGAAAUAGAAAAGGAAAAGCUUAGGAAUGUGUUUGCAAAGCAUCAGGGUAGAGUUUGCUUUACUUCUGAUUUGUGGGUAGCUCGUCCCACUACCAUGGGUUAUCUCUGUCUGACUGCCUCGUUCAUCGAUGAUGACUGGAGGUUGAACAAUAAGGUCUUAGCCUUCUGCGUUGUGAGGUGUCCACACACUUGUGGGGAACUUGCUAGCACGAUCAUUGAGUGUUUGAAGGAUUGGGGUUUGGAGAAAAAAGUAUUCUCUUUCACUUUAGAUAAUGCGACCAACAAUGAUAGUAUGCUGAGAAUACUUAAAGGGCAGCUUCAGAUGAUGAGUGGCAGUGGUUUGUUAUGUGAUGGGAAGUUCAUGCACGUGCGAUGUUGUGCUCACAUCCUAAAUCUGAUAGUGAAAGAUGGGUUAGAGUUAGCAAAGAACCUUUUACAUGACAUUAGGGAAAGUGUCAGGUACGUAAAGGCAUCUCCACAAAGGAUACAGUCCUUUGCUGCUUGUGUUGAGAGAGUUAGGCCUAGGAUCACGGGUGGAGCAGGUCUAUCACUUGACGUUUCAACUAGAUGGAACUCUACAUACGAUAUGCUAGUCCGGGCAUUAAAGUUCAGAGCAGCUUUUGAAAGCAUGGCCUCUUUUGACACCCACUAUAAGACGUUGCCUUCAGCCGCUGACUGGGACCGAGGAGCUAAAAUAUGCGAGCUGUUGAAGCCUUUUAGUGUCAUUACUACAUAUUUUUCAGGCUCUAAGUAUCCUACAUCAAAUGUUUAUUUCACUGAGGUGUGGAGGAUAGAAAGAUUGUUGAAGAAAUAUGCUCACUGUGAUGAUGAUGGGAUAAGAGGAAUGAUUCAGCCAAUGCAAGCUAAAUUCAGUAAGUACUGGGAGGAUUAUAAUAUGAUUCUCGCUAUGGGAGCUGUGUUAGAUCCGAGAAUGAAGAUUGAGGUUAUUGAAAAAGCUUAUGAAGCUGUGGAUCCUACUACUGCUGUCUUAAAGAUCACAGCGCUUAAGGAAAACUUGGAGAAUCUCUACAAAGACUAUCAAGCUAGAAAGUGGGCAAGCUCAUCAGGUUCUUCAUCUUCACAAACUCCAUAUGAGAUAGUGAAUGAAUCACCACUAGAAGAAGAAUAUGAUAAUGAUCUUUUUGAGUUAGAAAGAAGCAUUGCAGCUGGUGUGGACAACCCAAAGUCACAUUUAGAUAUUUAUUUAGAGGAGCCAAGAGUAAACAGAAGAAAUUAUCCAAACUUGGAUGUCUUAGGCUUUUGGAAAGAGAAUCAUCAUCGACUGAGUGAUUUAGCUGACAUGGCGAGGGAUUUGCUUACCAUUCCUCUUACUACAGUCGCCUCUGAGUCGGCUUUUAGUAUUGGUGGUAGAAUUUUGACUCCAUACCGAAACAGGCUUCUUCCUAAACAUGUUCAAGCCUUGCUUUGUGCUCGCAAUUGGCUUCGAGGAUUUGCAGAAUUUGAAGGUACCAUUGAAGAGGAUACUGAUGGCACUGGCACUGGAAAAACAACAAGUAACUCAGGAGCAGAAAGUUCAAGGUCAGGAGAAUCUAACAUGUCAUGAGAAUGAGCAUGAGCAUGAGCGUGUCAUAGACUGUGACACACAGUGAAGAGAUCAAGAGAGGUCGUUGGUUUGAGAUUAAGAGAGGUCGUUGGUCGUUGGUUUGUCAACUAGGAAGAAGUUGGUUUAUGUCUUGUUUCUAUCCAUCCUGAAAACGAACUAUGGUUUGUUGAGUACAGACACAAGCUUUAUGUACUUGUUUAUGUAUUGACUGGUUUAUGUUUUAUUUUUAUCUAGGUCUGGUUGUUAAAUUUCAGACACAA